UCAAGUUACUUCAAAUGCACCCAAUGUUAGGCAAAAUACUCGUCCUUUUGCUCAAAAUAAUACUCUGAAUAAUUUUCAGCCAUCAGUAUCCUGUCAAUUUUGCAAUGAUCGAUCUCAUGGGAUUUUCAAAUGUGUCAAUUUUUCAAAGAUUCCCAUCAAUCAAUGUUAUGAUGCAAUCAAAAGGAAAGGGUUGUGUUUCAAUUGCCUUAAUCCUUACACUGACAAUCACAACUGCUCUUCAAAGAGAUGCCAAAAAUGUGAUAAGCGACAUCACACUGUUCUACAUGAUUCCUUUACUAGCAAUUCAGGAGGUAAGAAUGUUGUUUCUAAUGUGAUUCAGUCUCAGAAUGAGUGCACCGUUUCUAGUGCCCAUUCAUCUUCAGCAUCAAAUUCAGUUAGUUCACAAUCUGAUAAUUCAGAAACAACAGUUGUUUCACAUGCUGCUUCAUCCAUCAUUUCUAAUAAUAAGUCAUCAGUUCAAAUAUUACCUACCGCAGAGGUUCUGGUUGUUAGUUCAAAUGGUGAAUUAAUUGCAUGUAAUGCUUUAAUGGACACAGGAAGUGAUUGUUCACUCAUCACUCAAGAGUUGGCUGAUAGAUUAGCUCUUCCUUCUCGUCAUGUAACUAAUCUGAUUAAUGGAGUGUCCAGUAUGCAAGCCAAAUCUACAGUUGUUCACUCAGUAUUAAUAAAAUCAUCUGAUCAUACUUGGUCAACGCAACAAGAAUGUAUUGUUGUUGAGAAAUUUGCCUCAUGUAUUCCUCGUGUCACAAUUGAUCUUAACUAUUACAAGAUUCCAAGCAAUAUUCGACUUGCAGAUCCAAAUUUUCAUAAAUCUAAGAAAAUUGAUAUCCUAUUGGGUAUUGACGUUUAUGCCGCAAUCAUGACUGGCAAUCAAAUUAUUGUGUCACCUGAUGUUCCAAUCCUACAAAAUACAAAACUUGGCUGGAUUGUUUUUGGCUCUUGUCAAUUACCUAAAUCAGUGUCACUCAAAAAAUCAUCUAAUCAAUUUGUUACCAAUUUUGUCUCCACAGCUGAAGUCUCCAAUCAGUUGGAAACCUUCUGGAAGCUGGAAGAAGUCUCUUCAGUUAUUCCUGUCUCUCCUGAGUGUGCUAGGGUUGAAGCACACUACAAAGAAAAUACCAUCAGGCAUGAAGAUGGUCGUUUCCAAGUGUCCUUACCUCGCAAGGAUUCAUUUGCCACCCUUGGUCAUUCAAGGACUCAAGCUAUGAAACGUUUCCAUUCAUUGGAAAAAAGAUUUCUUAAAGAACCUGAGCUCAAACCUCAAUAUGUUGAAUUUAUGCAGGAAUAUGAAGAUUUAGGUCACAUGCACCCUGUACCGCCACCAGCCCCUGAGGAACAAGUCUAUUAUAUUCCACAUCACGCUGUCUUCAAGCCCGACUCCACUACAACCAAAACAAGAGUUGUGUUUGAUGCUAGCGCCAAAACAUCAGCGCGCCCACUCAAUGCUUUGCCUUCUCAUAAGCAGAAAUUCAAACAUGUGAAUUUUCUUGCACGUUGGAAUAGACUUGCUGAAGUCACAAAGGAAUUUUGGCAACAAUGGUCUGAAGAAUAUUUAGUUACUCUUCAGAAAAGACAUAAAUGGUCUUCUUCAUCACCCAAUCUUCAAGUUGGCACUCUUGUGCUAUUGAAGGAUCCUGGGACACCACCAACACUCUGGAAGCUUGGACGUAUUACAGAGGUUUUCCCUGGCUCCGAUGACAAGGUUAGAGUCAUCCAGGUUCUAACUGAUUCUGGUGUUUUCAAACGUUCUAUUGCUAGUGUUGCACCUUUGCCAUUAGAUGAUAGCGAAUGAUGCAAAUCUCUUUAACAUAUUUUUUCUUUCUUCUUUGUUUUACAAUUCUUCUAAUUGCAAAAC